GGCUGCCUGCGGGCAGGGUCCGGGCGCCGCGCGCGACGGGCGUCGGUCUAUGUCGCGGGCGGCGGCGGCGGCCGCGGAGGGACGAUGCGCGAGUACAAGGUGGUGGUGCUGGGCUCGGGCGGCGUGGGCAAGUCCGCCCUCACCGUGCAGUUCGUGACCGGCACCUUCAUCGAGAAGUACGACCCCACCAUCGAGGACUUCUACCGCAAGGAGAUCGAGGUGGACUCGUCGCCGUCGGUGCUGGAGAUCCUGGACACGGCGGGCACCGAGCAGUUCGCGUCCAUGCGGGACCUGUACAUCAAGAACGGCCAGGGCUUCAUCCUCGUCUACAGCCUGGUCAACCAGCAGAGCUUCCAGGACAUCAAGCCCAUGCGGGACCAGAUCAUCCGCGUGAAGCGAUAUGAGAAAGUGCCAGUCAUCCUGGUUGGGAACAAGGUGGACCUGGAGAGCGAGAGAGAAGUGUCCUCCAACGAAGGCCGAGCUCUGGCCGAAGAGUGGGGCUGUCCUUUCAUGGAGACUUCCGCGAAGAGCAAAACCAUGGUGGACGAACUGUUUGCAGAAAUUGUGAGGCAGAUGAACUACGCUGCUCAGCCUGACAAAGAUGACCCAUGCUGUUCAGCCUGUAACAUACAGUAGCGCCUGAACCGUGGCUGUCUUGGGUGGGAGGUGCCUAGCACUGCAGGCGAUAGAAAGCUCGCCUAGCCUGUUGCAGUUGGCGGGAUGCAUGGUAUCCACCGGCAGUGCUCUGCAGCCCUUAUUCAGAAACGAUGCCUGUGAGCACAGUGGGGCGCAGGGGGGCUGUGUUCUGCACCACCUUCCCGUCUCCUUCGUGCAUCUGCAGCUUGAAGGCACCCGCCGCCCGUCCACAGGGUGAUCUCAUUGCAAAGGGAUGGUGGCGUGGCCACUGGGUUGACAAAGCAACUAUUGUAUAAUUUGAAAAUAAUCAUGAGAGAGAAACCAGAAGAAUUCCUAUGACCACUUACAAUUAAAAUAUUUUGUCGUCUUAAAAAAAAAUAAGUAAAGGAGAAAUAUUUUCCUACAAGAGUACUGAAUUUCAGGAACUUGUGACCAGUGAUUCCGUCAAGUCGGACACCAGCUGGCCUGCCAACAGAACUCCGGGGAGAGCCUUUGCUCAGCCGCCACAUUUCUGUGUUUCAGAAUUCAUGCUGAAAUGUAGAUGUGAUUCUAAUUUGUGACAUGAAACUAACUCACGCAUCAAUCCUUGAUAGAGUCAAAAUCAGAACAAGGUUGUGUGCAGAUAGUCAGGCUUUAGAAUUUGUUAAGUCACAGGCUUUAGGAUUUAAGUUACCUGCUUUGCCGCAGAGAAUGGAGAUUCUCACCAAGGUUUGGUCAGAAUUUAAGGCACAAACCCACCUCUCUUAGCCAAGCAGGGAUGGUCUUUAUUUACUGAACAAGAAGGAAGCAACUGAGAUGGAGAGUUUACCUAGCCUCCCUAGCACGUGCAAUGUGGGAGAUGACCUAGUACCAUCAUGUAAGGAAAACAAAGCCAUGCUGUUCCCGUUUGCAGAAAUCUGACAGGCCAGGACAGGUGUCUGGCAUUUUUUUUGUUCAUUAAAGCUGUAAAUUCCUCCUCUGCCUUUAAGGGCUAUGGUUGUGAUGUGAGCCUUGGCUACCCUGCUUUGGAAAUCCAGUUUGCUGUAGCAGAGCUUUAUUUGCAAGGCAUUUUUUUCUAAGUCGAAUUACCAUGUGAGAUAAUUUGAACUUAAAGUAGAAUGUAAAUUAUAGAGUGGAAGGUAAGGGACAAAAAAGCCUUUUUAUCUUUCAUUUUCCUGAAGAAUUAUAUAAAGGUUUUCUUACAACAAUUUUGCCCUGAUUACCGAAGUGGCAAAUAAAGCUGGCGUGAAUAUUUUGUUUUGAAAAGGUGCUCAAGCUCUGACAUUUUUGGUUUUCAUAGCCUAGCCGUGAAGUAUUUAUCAUUUGCAUGAGUAAUGGCACAGGAAGAACCUACUCAGAAGUUUUACAAUCAAGGGUAGAAGGGUUUUCACCUCACUUCAGUUAGAAAUGCUGAAGAGAUUGUCUUGAGCCCGCCCUCUGGAGAGAAAUUUGGCCUUCAGAACUGCAAUAUCACUGAGCCUGCGAUAUACAUCCCCCUCACACUUUCCUCGUUCCACGGUCUUGUGCAAGUAACCUCUGGUCUUAACGUGUGUAACUGAGGGAGGAGUGUGUGUUCGUGUGUGCAUGUGUGUUUACUGUUCCUAAGAAUUUGGCACAAGUCAGAGAUAAUCGCCUAUCCUGAGAGUCUAUACUGUAUCAAAAGCAUUUUUUUUCUUUUAAAUCGCCUUCUUGACAUCAUGGACAGCCCCACCUCCAACUGUUUAGCAAUUGUCCCUAAGUUUAAAGGAUAAGGAACAAGGUCAGUAAUGUUUUUCAGAGGUGCAAAAACUGAAGAAAUAAUAUGGGUAAAACCGGGUUAUAGUUGUUAUAGUCAUCAUUGGAUUAUGAAUAUUUGCAAUCUUCAGUGUCACAUUUUUUAUUAUAAUCUUCAGUUACAAAGACAUUUGUAGGACAGUUUUAAUCAAUUGUAUUGAAACCAACUUCAUUAUGUAAAUGUUGAUUUCGCUCAAAUAAAAGAUGCAAGAAUUACGACUCACCUACUAAAACAGAUGUUUUUUAAGUAAUUGAGUUUUGAAGCCCUGACUUCUCAAACUGAUUCCGUUUUUUUUUUAAGAUUUCACAAUUAAUAGCAAUUUAUGACCACUCCGAUCACCUAUUAGAAGUGCUUAUACAGAUUCCACAGUUUUCUCUCUUGCAAUGCUAUGCAGACUUGAAGAAUAGGUGAGCGCACAUGAGAAAGGUCUGACAAAAACGUAAGAUGGAAAAGAUUCUCUAAAAGGUGGGGCCUGGGUUUGCAAUAUGUGUCGGACAAUAAGGUGAGCUUUUCCUCUAAAGAUGUUACUAGGAACGAGUGGCCACCUGAUCAUUGUUUGCACAAGGUCCACAUGCAGGGGCCCUGGGGCAAGGCAUCCCAGCGGGGUCCUCCUCCUCUCAGCCUUCUGGCAUGAGGCUAACUCAGUGCGAGCGGAUGAAUGUUUGCUGAGACCAUCACUGAAAACUCAAGAGCACGAAGAUUCUACUUGUUGGCACAGGAAAUACCAGUGCUGUAGAGGAGAGUGUGGUGACUUUGGGUCACCAUCUUAUGCCCUGAUCAGACUAGCAACUAGGAAAGUGAGUUUUUCUAACAUGCCUUAAAAAUAUUAUGGUUUGAUCCAAAGACCCACUUUUUCUUUAGCUAUUGUGGUAAGGUUUUUCUCUUUUGGUUUUGGUUUUUUUUUUUUUUUACUUUUAUACUAAGGCAGCAUCUUUUUUUUUUCUUUUUUCCUUUUAAUGUUGCAACUUUUUCUCUUAAGCUGUGAUAGUGAUGGUAACUUGAUGCCUUUGAAUUUGUUCAGCUUCCUGGGAACCAGCCAGCAUCUGGUCAGAAGUAUUACAUAAACUCUUUCCUUAACUGUUGAAAGGUGCUCCGAUGAUUUUUCUCCCUGGGUUUGUAGAAUUGAGACUGAACUUUUCACUCCCUUGCCGCAGCUGACAUCACUUCCCAUGGUGAAACUACUGAUUUGCUUUCUGUGUAAGGAAAUACUGCCCGAGAUGUCUCGUAUUUGUUUUCCAGGGUGGAUGUUGUCAGUGUCUGUGUGCAUAUGAAAGUGUUGUGCAUAGUUUAUUGAUGUUGAAUUGUUCGUUUUGUUUUCUGUUCUCCUUAGCUCUGUGUUAGCACUGGUUGAGCUUUAAUUGUCUCCUUAGCCAAUCAAACAUUAAAGACUAUGGGGGUCUUUUUCUUUCCUUUCUUUUUUUUUUUUUCUUAACUUGUCAUUGUGCAUCUAUUAAAUCUUGAUCAGGGUUUCAAGAAUGACUACAGUAGGUUUU